AUGGCAACGGAAAAACAGCUGUCAAACUUUAGUGCCAUCGCAUCAAUUGUGGCAGCUACUCUCGGCUGCGGAAUCACGCUUAUGCCUAGUGUGUAUCUCUAUCUAGGAAGCCUCAUCGCCACUAUUUUGAUGCUUAGCGUUGGCCUACUCACCUUCUUCUCCAUAUACUCUUUGAGCUACGUUGCCAUAGAAGUGAGGAAAAAGGUUGCACUGCCAAGGAUCACAAUUGAAAUGGCCGAAACAGUCCCCAUGCAGUCAGAGGAAAUAGAUCACGUGCAGCCAGAGCCAGAGGAGGUCUUGGGCAAAAAGCUCUCAUAC